AUGAUACCGUAUGUACGUGUCUUCUCCUUUGUUUAUACUAUACGUGCUGCGUUCGUUUAUGCUACAGCGAUUGACGCGAUUGGCAUCUGGCCAAGCUUGCAAUCGUUCAGUCUGGUCUACACAAUGAAGGCGCUACUGAUAUCAGUGGCGCUUUUCAACGCCUUAGAUGCGUUUUCACUAUCAUUCUUCUCUAACGAACCUACUACACCAUAUUUGCAUCCGCUAUCGCCUCCAGAAACAAAUCCAGCAUCAGCAAGAGCUAAGCGGCAAGCAUAUCAGGUUUACGUUGAUGGCGAUUCAUCUGUAAGUCUCGAUAAGACUGGCCAAAGCGAAUCUGGACCAUGGGGACAAUGGACACCUGAAGAGUGUUCACGAACAUGCGGUGGAGGAGUGCAGAUAGAAAAGCGGCAAUGCUCGUGCGUUGUUCAUUUCAUAUUCUUAUCUUGA